AUGGGUUCCAAGAGGCGAAGAGCCACCUCGCCUUCCAGCAGCAUCAGCGGAGGAGACUUUGACGAUGGCCACCAUUCCACAAAUAUACCAGGCCCAAGCAGAAAGAGGAGGAGACUUUCCAAUCUCCCGACUGUAGAUCCCAUCGCUGUAUGCCAUGAACUUUACAACACCAUCCGAGAUUACAAAGAUGAACAGGGCAGGCUCCUUUGUGAGCUUUUCAUCAGAGCACCAAAGAGAAGAAAUCAGCCAGAUUAUUAUGAAGUGGUUUCUCAGCCAAUUGAUUUAAUGAAAAUCCAACAAAAGCUAAAGAUGGAGGAAUAUGAUGAUGUGAAUGUGCUCACUGCUGAUUUUCAGCUUCUCUUUAACAACGCAAAGGCUUACUAUAAGCCUGAUUCUCCUGAAUAUAAAGCUGCCUGCAAAUUAUGGGAGUUGUAUUUGCGCACAAAAAAUGAAUUUGUUCAGAAAGGUGAUGCUGAGGAGGAAGAGGAAGAUGAGGAAGGACAUGACAGUCAAGGAGCAAAUUCAGAAUUAUCAUCUCCAGGUUACCUGAAGGAAAUUCUUGAACAACUUCUUGAAGCUGUAGCUGUUGCCACGAACCCGUCAGGACGCCUCAUAAGUGAACUGUUUCAGAAACUUCCUUCUAAAGUGCAAUAUCCAGAUUAUUAUGCAAUAAUAAAGGAGCCCAUAGAUCUUAAAACUAUUGCCCAAAGGAUACAGAAUGGAACUUAUAAAAGCAUUCAUGCAAUGGCCAAGGAUAUAGAUCUUCUGGCAAAGAAUGCCAAAACCUACAAUGAACCUGGAUCACAAGUGUUCAAGGAUGCAAAUGCGAUUAAAAAAAUAUUUAAUAUGAAAAAGGCUGAAAUUGAACACAGUGAGUUGGCCAAGUCAAGUCUCCGAAUCAGGAAUCCAUCAAAUUUGACUACUUCCAAGCUGACAGGUCCUUCCUCACAGGGUAAAGGCAGUGUUGGUGAUGAGAGAAAUUCUUCUAACAAAUACUAUCGUAACAAAAGAUCAGCCCAAGGGGAUCGUUUAUCAGCAAUAACCAUGGCAUUGCAGUAUGGAUCAGAAAGUGAUGAGGAUGCAGCUUUGGCUGCUGCUGCUCGUUAUGAAGAGGGAGAAUCUGAAGCUGAGAGCAUUACUUCAUUCAUGGACACUUCUAAUCCUCUUUAUCAGCUCUAUGACACAGUUAGAAGUUGCCGAAACAAUCAGGGCCAGCUCAUAUCUGAACCUUUUUUCCACUUGCCCUCCAAGAAAAAGUAUCCUGAUUAUUAUCAGCAAAUUAAAGCACCUAUUUCAUUGCAGCAGAUCAGAACCAAACUGAAGAACCAUGAAUAUGAGACUUUAGAUCAGUUGGAGGCUGAUCUGAACUUGAUGUUUGAAAAUGCCAAGCGCUACAAUGUUCCCAAUUCUGCCAUCUAUAAAAGAGUGCUGAAAAUGCAGCAAGUUAUGCAGGCAAAGAAGAAGGAGCUUGCUAGGAGAGAUGACAUUGAGGAUGGGGACAGUAUGAUUUCUUCUGCUACAUCUGAUACUGGAAGCUCAAAAAGGAAAAGUAAAAAGAAUAUACGAAAGCAGCGCAUGAAGAUCUUGUACAACGCGGUUCUGGAAGCUCGAGAACCAGGCACAGGCAGGCGGCUCUGUGAUCUCUUUAUGGUUAAACCAUCCAAAAAAGACUAUCCAGACUAUUACAAAAUCAUCUUGGAGCCAAUGGACUUGAAAAUGAUAGAACACAAUAUCCGCAAUGAUAAGUAUGUAGGGGAAGAAGCCAUGAUUGAAGACAUGAAGCUCAUGUUCCGAAAUGCGAGGCAUUAUAAUGAGGAAGGCUCCCAGGUAUACAAUGAUGCUCAUAUGCUGGAAAAGAUCCUUAAAGAAAAAAGGAAAGAACUGGGACCCCUAGCUGAAGAUGAUGAUGUUGCAUCCCCUAAACUAAAGCUAAGUAGAAAAAGUGGAAUUUCUCCUAAAAAAUCAAAGUACAUGACUCCAAUGCAACAGAAGCUGAACGAGGUGUACGAAGCGGUGAAGAAUUACACGGAUAAGCGAGGCAGGCGGCUGAGUGCCAUCUUCCUGAGGCUGCCCUCUCGCUCUGAGCUUCCUGACUAUUACGUCACCAUUAAAAAGCCCGUGGACAUGGAAAAGAUCAGAAGUCAUAUGAUGGCAAAUAAAUACCAGGAUAUUGAUUCCAUGGUAGAAGACUUUGUAAUGAUGUUCAAUAAUGCUUGCACAUAUAAUGAGCCAGAAUCUUUGAUUUAUAAAGAUGCCCUGGUCCUGCAUAAAGUUUUGCUUGAAACUCGAAGAGAAAUAGAAGGAGAUGAGGAUUCUCAUGUACCCAAUGUCACUUUGCUAAUACAGGAACUUAUCCAUAACCUUUUUGUAUCUGUUAUGAGCCACCAGGAUGAUGAGGGCAGAUGCUACAGCGACUCCUUAGCUGAGAUUCCUGCUGUUGAUCCCAACUUCCCAAAUAAACCUCCUCUGACUUUUGAUAUUAUCCGAAAAAAUGUUGAAAAUAAUCGCUAUAGGAGAUUGGACUUGUUCCAGGAGAAUAUGUUUGAGGUACUAGAGAGGGCGAGGAGAAUGAACAGGACUGAUUCGGAGAUUUAUGAGGAUGCAGUUGAACUUCAGCAGUUCUUUAUUAAAAUUCGAGAUGAACUUUGUAAGAACGGCGAGAUCCUUCUGUCACCCGCUCUCAGCUACACCACCAAGCAUCUGCACAACGAUGUAGAAAAGGAAAAGAAGGAAAAGCUGCCCAAAGAAAUAGAGGAGGAUAAGCUGAAAAGAGAGGAGGAGAAGAGAGAAGCUGAAAAGAGUGAAGAUUCUUCUGGAUCAUCUGGGCUGUCAAGCUUGCAUCGAACCUACAGCCAGGAUUGCAGCUUCAAGAACAGCAUGUACCAUGUAGGAGACUACGUGUACGUGGAGCCUGCUGAAGCCAACUUGCAACCCCACAUAGUCUGUAUUGAGAGGCUGUGGGAAGAUUCAGCUGGAGAGAAAUGGCUUUAUGGCUGUUGGUUUUAUCGACCAAAUGAAACGUUUCAUCUUGCAACACGAAAAUUCUUGGAGAAAGAAGUUUUUAAAAGUGACUAUUACAACAAAGUUCCUGUUAGCAAAAUUUUAGGCAAAUGUGUGGUCAUGUUUGUUAAGGAAUAUUUUAAAUUGUGCCCUGAAAACUUCAGAGAUGAGGAUGUCUACGUCUGCGAGUCACGCUAUUCUGCAAAGACAAAAUCUUUUAAAAAGAUUAAACUGUGGACUAUGCCUGUGAGCUCUGUAAGAUUUGUCCCUCGAGAUGUGCCCCUGCCUGUGGUCCGUGUUGCUUCUGUAUUUGCUAAUACAGACAAAGCAGAUGAGGAGAAACAUGCUGAAACACUGGAGGAUAGUAAGGUGGGAGAAAAUAUCCUUCAUCUUGAAAAGGACAAAGAAGAUGUUCCAGUAGAAAUGUCCAAUGGAGAACCUGGUUGCCAUUACUUUGAACAGCUCUGCUACAACGAUAUGUGGCUUAAAGUUGGAGAUUGUGUCUUCAUAAAAUCACACGGGUUAGUGCGACCUCGAGUAGGAAGAAUUGAAAAGAUGUGGGUGCGGGAUGGAGCUGCGUAUUUCUUCGGUCCAAUCUUUAUACAUCCUGAGGAAACUGAACAUGAACCAACUAAAAUGUUCUACAAGAAGGAAGUGUUUUUGAGUAACUUGGAGGAGACCUGUCCAAUGACUUGCAUUUUGGGAAAGUGUGUGGUUCUGUCAUUCAAAGACUUCCUCUCCUGCAGACCAACAGAAAUAUCUGAAAAUGAUGUUUUUCUUUGUGAGAGCCGCUACAAUGAAAGUGACAAACAAAUGAAGAAAUUUAAAGGGCUGAAGAGAUUUUCACUCUCUGCAAAAGUAGUAGAUGAUGAAAUAUACUACUUUAGAAAACCAAUAGUUCCUCAGAAAGAACCAUCUCCACUACUGGAAAAGAAGAUUCAGCAGCUAGAAGCAAAAUUUGCUGAAUUGGAAGGAGGUGAUGAGGACAUGGAAGAGAUGGGAGAAGAGGAAGGUGACAUGACUGAAACACCUUCCAUGCCUCAGCUUCAGACCCCAUUAGCUAGUGAAUUGGAUAUAAUGCCUUAUACUCCACCACAGUCCACUCCCAAGUCUGUUAAGGGCAGCACCAAGAAGGAGGGAUCAAAAAGGAAGAUCAACAUGAGUGGGUACAUCUUAUUUAGCAGCGAAAUGAGAGCUGUGAUUAAAGCUCAGCACCCAGACUACUCCUUUGGAGAGCUCAGCAGGCUUGUAGGAACAGAAUGGAGAAACUUGGAAGCAACAAAGAAAGCAGAAUAUGAAGAGCGGGCAGCUAAAGUUGCUGAGCAGCAGGAGAGAGAGCGAGCAGCACAGCAGCAGAAUUCCUCCCCCCGGGCAGGCACUCCUGUCGGGGCUCUUAUGGGGGUGGUGCCGCCACCAACACCAAUGGGAAUGCUCAAUCAGCAGUUGACACCCGUUGCAGGCAUGAUAAGUGGCUAUCCACCGGUGCUGCCACCUUUGCAGGGCCCAGUUGAUGGCAUUGUUAGCAUGGGCAGCAUGCAGCCACUUCACCCAGGGGUGCCCCCACCCCACCAACUUCCGCCAGGUAUGCCAGGCAUCCCAGGCAUCCCACCACCCGGUGUUAUAGGCCAAAAUGUGACCCCCAUGGUAGGCACUCCAGCACCUGGAACAAGUCCUUUUGGGCAACAGAUAGGACUCCUCGGCCCCCCAGGACAGCAGGCACCCCCUCCAUACCCCGGGCAGAGCCCAGCCAGCCAGCCCGUCAUGCAGCAGCCCACCACCCCCAUGUUCGUCUCCCCUCCACCAAAGACACAGAGGCUUCUCCAUUCUGAAGCCUAUCUGAAAUACAUUGAGGGGCUUAGUGCUGAAUCCAAUAGCAUUAGCAAGUGGGACCAGACCCUUGCAGCACGAAGACGAGAUGUCCACUUAUCAAAAGAGCAGGAGAGUCGACUCCCUUCGCACUGGUUGAAAAGUAAAGGGGCUCAUACCACGAUGGCCGAUGCGUUGUGGCGUCUGCGAGACCUCAUGCUGCGAGACACCCUCAAUAUCCGUCAGGCGUACAACAUAGAGAAUGUUUAGUCACACAACUGCUUCUUUCUUUGAUACCGGCAUAUAAGGAGUUUUGUGGAGUAAUAGCUGUUUUAGUUACUGGGUGGGAAGAGAUAACCAACAAUAAUUUGUAUUGCAUUUUACUGUACAUUGCAAGAUCAUUUUUAUAUAAGGACACUUUUAAUAAGCAUAUUUCACUUUUUGUUAUAUUAAGUUGACUUUAUCAAAUACAUGGAUUUUUGCAUAUAUUUCCUUUGUUUGAAAGGCGAUUUCAUAAUUGGUUAAGUGUAGUCAAGGAUUCAUCUUUCUUAUACUUUAUUGCUGAGAAUCUGAUGCCAUUGUUUUUAUAUAAAAGAAGAAAAA